AUUCACUCGUUUGUUAAAUCUUUACUGUCUUUGCCAUGGUCGUGUUUUUGCGUGCAGUUUAAUGGUUUAUGUUUCAUAAAAAAUUGUUGGCAAAAGGUCACUGAAAACAGCAAACUAGUAAUGAAAUAAAAUAAUACAUUUUUAAAUGUUUAAUGUAAUUGUAGUAAGUGCAUUAUGUAUUAAAAACAUUUAACAAUAGAAAUACGUUCUCGUUGAUCGUUAACGAAUUCAUAUUGGUGCGGUUUGCUGGCAAGACAGUUGCGAAACAAUCGAUUCCGUAAGCAGUGUCUCCAAAGCGACUAUAAACAAUUAACUCAAAACCAACACGUAUAAUUUGAAAUUAAAAGGAAGCAUAUUCAACGUAACCAAACUAUCAAAACAAAAACAACCGAGCGAUCGAACCACCGAACGCCUGAGUAACUUUGAUACCCGCGUACUAUUAGCAUGCACAAAGGCGAUGGGCGGUUUCCUGGAUAAGCCGAAAACUGCAAAACAUAACGACCAUGGGGAAGGAAAUAAACUUCGUUUCGGUGUCAGCUCCAUGCAGGGCUGGCGUUGUGAAAUGGAGGACGCAUACUAUGCACGCAUCGGUCUUAGUAGCCGGUUGGAAGAUUGGAGUUUCUUUGCCGUCUUUGACGGACAUGCUGGUUGUAAAGUGUCGGAACAUUGCGCCUCACAUCUGCUCGACUGUAUCAUUAACACAAAUGAAUUUAAUAACGGUGACCACGUGAAGGGUAUACGUAGCGGUUUCCUGCACAUCGAUGAAGUGAUGCGAGUGUUGCCCGAAUUGACGAAAGAUGCUGAAAAAUGUGGCGGCACAACUGCAGUGUGUGCAUUCAUAUCGCCCACACAAGUUUACAUAGCGAAUUGCGGUGAUUCGCGUGCAGUGCUAUGCCGACAGGGUGUACCGGUAUUUGCCACACAAGAUCACAAACCGAGUUUGCCCGAGGAAAAAGAGCGUAUACACAAUGCAGGCGGUAGUGUUAUGAUAAAACGUGUUAACGGUACGCUAGCUGUGUCGCGUGCGUUGGGCGAUUAUGAUUUCAAAAAUGUUAGGGAAAAAGGUCCAUGCGAGCAAUUAGUGUCGCCAGAACCAGAGAUUUUUUGCCAAAGUCGCCAGGAUACAGAUGAAUUUUUAGUUUUAGCAUGUGACGGUAUAUGGGAUGUUAUGACCAAUGAGGAUGUUUGCAGUUUUGUCCAUUCGAGGCUGAGGCUAACGAGCGAUUUAGAGCACAUAGCAAAUCAAGUCGUCGAUACCUGCUUGCACAAGGGCAGCCGCGAUAACAUGAGCAUAAUAAUUAUCACCUUCCCAGGCGCACCACAACCAACUGAAGAAGCCAUAGAAGCGGAAAAACGGUUGGAGAGGCAAAUCGAGAAACUAACAAGAGAUGAGAUAGAAUGCAAUGAAGUCAACCAGUACUUUGAUUUAUUGCAAGCACUACAGAAUAAGGAAAUUGAAGGUCUUCCUCCUGGUGGCGGCUUACAGUCAAAAUAUGCAGUCAUCGAGCGAACGUUCAGACAAGUGUAUCCAGAUCAGGACUGCGAAAGCCCUUCUCAUUGAACCACCUCAAAAACAAAGUAAUAACAAAAACAGCAAAAUAAUUAAAACAACAAAAACAAAUCGGUUAUAACUUUGAUAAAGUGCAAAUUUAACUGAAGUAACCAAAUAGAAGAAAUGAAAUAAUUUAAAAGCAAGAAAACAGGAUUAUAACCAAUAAAACAGAGAAAACAAAUAAUUGAAAAACAAAAUGGGAAAAAAGCCAGAAGCAUACGUAUACAUAAGAGAUGGAACAACAAAGUUUAGGUUUAAGCAGUUAUACAUACAUAUAGAACAGGCUUGUUGUGCAGUUAAAAAGCCUGAGGCUGGCAUGGCGAGAGUGGCACAGAAAACUUAACGAGCCUCGUAGGUUCGCCAAUACGUACCACGCACAGAGACACAAACAUUUUGCGGCUGUACACAGCAGCGAGCGCAGUCAAACGGCAAUAUGAAACAAUACAAAGUUUUACUUUUUCAUGGGAAGCUAAAAAAUGGAGCAUUACAACAACCAUACAGACCAAAUAGAAACAAGUACACACACACAUUCGUGGAGUACCCAUCCAAGCGUUUCGUUGCAGCAAAUACAACACGUUGCCGCUUCCGUCUCUCAACACCUGCCUACAACACCAACGAUGUGUCCACACAGAGACACACAUAGACACACAUGCAUACGAAUCUACUCAAGUGUGUUAUGUCCUGCAUAUAAUAAGCCAUUGGAUUGGAUUAACUAAUUUCUAGUGACGUUUUGUGUACAAAAGUCUAUACCGUAAAUAAGUAACUGUUGUAUGUUUGUCUGUAUGUUGAAACGAAAAAAAACAAAAAAAAAAAAACAAAAAGAGUAAAUCACCUUCGGAGGAGUGGUGUUUAGCGUUUGAGUUUCUAGCAGCAACAAAAACAAUAACAUACACUCCAAAAGCGCUUGAAGCUGCUUGAAAGUAAAAUUGUAGACAAGUUGUUUCAGUUUCGUUAUUACACAAAAAAAAAACGCACAACCACACAACACCACCAACAAUGCAACGAGUGGAGACAGACGCUGCAGACUACAAAGAAAGCUUGACCGUGCUUGUGCGUCUACAACAUACCUUUUUUUUUAACAACAACAAAUUGUGGUAGCCAACGACCUUCAAAAUAAUUGAAUUGUCUGUUCGUUUCUCCUUCGGUUGCCGCGUGCUGGCCACCAAAAUUUUUUAACGAAUGCAAAAUUUCAAAUCUCUUUUAAAAGCACAUUUACAAAUUUACACAUUAUUUUUACUGUUUUAUUUCCUUUUACUUUUGUACUACAUACAUAUAUACGACCUACAUAAAUGAGAAAAUAACGGUUUACAAAGUAACUGAAUUUUUGGAGUUAAAACACAAAUCCUACAAAAAACAAUGCAACAAACUAAGUUAAAAGUUCAAGAAAUGAGAAAAUGAAAAAAUGAAAAAGAGAAAAACAAAAACAAAA